AUGAGUGAUUUCGCUAACGCAACGGAGGCGGCGUCUCUGGCUGUGCAGUUUGAUCAAACAGGCCAGACAGAUAAGGCAGGAGAAUGUUAUAGGACUGCUGCAAGAUUGUUGGAUCGUGUGUGUAAUCAAGUGUCCCCAGAGAAGCAAAUAGAAUUCCGUCGUAAAGUAAGGGAAUACUUAGAGCGGGCCACUCGCCUGCAGGAGCAGAAAGAUGGAGCUCAACAAGAGGAAAGUGUAAGAAACCUACAAAAAUGUUAUUUUCUAAUGCAGCAAGCAUUAGAUGCAGAUGAGGCCAGUUUGAAGGAUUUAGCUCUGCAAUUAUAUACACAGGCAGUAGAGUUGGCUGUUAGUGUUAAAUCAAGUGACCCUGAUGUAAUGACAAAGGUGAAAGGUUUAGCAGCACAAGCACUGGAUAGAGCCGAGGAGAUUAAAGGCAUCAAGAACAUGGGGGCUUUGUCGAUAGUACCUGGAGUAUCUCCAAAUCGUGUUCAUCUCCAACGAGAACAGAGCGUCCAUUUAAAAGUGAGUGGAAAACAAGUUUACACAGAAGAGGAAAAGGAAGUACUGCGAGCUACAUCCAACAUAAACAACAACUGUUUCCUUCCAUUCAUGGAGGUGGAUUUAUCAGAAAAAUUCCAAUAUGCAUUGCCGUUUGAGGACAGAGCCAGUGAAUUGAAGUUGUCUUCAAAACAGGCUAAGGAGUUCCAGUGUUGGGUUCGACCUCAUGAAGUGUCGAGUGAUCCGAAAAUGAUAGCCGGUGAUGAUGUUGAUUUCUUCAGCAUCAAACAGACUAUAGUAUCAGAUUGUUCUUUCGUCGCGUCGUUAGCCGUUAGUGCCUUGUACGAGAGGAGGUUCAAUAAGAAGAUAAUAACCUCAAUAAUAUAUCCAAAGAAUAAGAACAAACAGCCAGUGUACAAUCCAUUCGGCAAGUACAUGGUUAAAUUGCACUUAAAUGGUGUUAGGAGAAAGGUCAUAAUAGAUGAUCGUCUCCCAUACAGCAAGUACGGGCGUCUGUUGUGUUCAUAUUCCAGCAAUAAGAAUGAAUUCUGGGUGUCGCUUCUAGAAAAGGCUUAUAUGAAAGUUAUGGGAGGUUAUGAUUUCCCCGGCUCUAAUAGCAACAUCGAUCUCCACGCACUAACCGGUUGGAUUCCCGAGCGGUGUGCUAUCCGUUCAGAGGCGGACUUCAACGCGGAUGGUUUAUACGAGACUGUGCGUGCGAGGCUGGAGGCGGGCCACGUGCUUGCUAGUGUGGCCACCGGGGACCUCGACGAUCAGCUCGCUGAGAGGACCGGACUCGUCGCCUCGCAUGCGUACGCCGUGCUCGACGUGCGGCUCGUUAAUGGCGUAAAGCUGUUAAAACUCAAAAACCCGUGGUCCCAUCUCCGCUGGCGAGGAAAUUACAGCGAGUUGGACACUGUACAUUGGACGCCGAGCCUCUGCGCCACGCUCGACUACGACCCGGACAGCGCGGCUCAGUACGACAACGGAGUGUUCUGGAUAGAUUACGCGAGUAUACUGAAGUUCUUUGAUGUUUUUUAUCUCAAUUGGAACCCCGAGCUGUUUAAGUUCACUUAUUGCAUACAUCAGAAAUGGGAUGCCGGUAACGGUCCUAUCAAAGACGCAUAUACGAUAUCAGAGAAUCCUCAGUAUUCUUUGAAGGUGAACGGCACUGGCGCUGUCUGGUUGUUGCUAACGAGACACAUCACUAAGAUAGAAGACUUCAGGAACAAUCAGGAGUAUAUAACACUACUGGUUUAUAAGAACGGGAAACGAGUGUACUACCCACACGAUCCACCUCCUUAUAUAGACGGUAUACGUAUAAAUAGUCCCCACUACCUCGUGAAGAUAAUAGUGGGGGAGAAUAGUUCGGAUAAAUACACGCUGGUGGUGUCCCAAUAUGAGAAGACACGCACUAUAUACUAUACAUUGAGGGCGUAUGCCACGUGUCCAUUCGCGUUGGCUAAGCUUGAACCAUAUCCCUAUACUAAAACUAUCAGAGGCGAAUGGUCGGGCAGAACAGCCGGCGGUUGUGAAAACCACAGACAAACGUAUCAGAAUAACCCAAAAUAUAUAAUAACGGUCCCGGAGAGUAGAAACCCAUGCCACAUGACCAUAGAACUGAAAGGACCCAAAGAAUAUCAGAUAGGAGUAGACGCGAGGGUCGAAUCUUUGGACGAUCCCAAUAUAACCGCACCUUUCUUAAGAGAAUCUUCAGGAGCUUACAGAUCUGGUUUCGUUGUACUGGAGUUAAAUAACUUACCAAGUGGAAGAUAUUUGUUAACUCCAUCUACCUUCUAUCCAGGGCAGGAAGGACCAUUUUUCCUUGAAAUAAGAUCUACUUGCAGCAUUACAGCCGAGAGGAAGAAUGAAUGA